AAAAUGUUUUGAAAAUAGUCGCAUAUCAUAUAAUAAAUUUCAAGCGAUUCAGUGAAUUUAGUAUAUUUGUGGUAUAUUCGAUUUGUCAUUAAAUUCUACAUUUCAGAAGCCCUGUUUCGGUCACCCUUGUGCUGGUCUUUUUCUACAAGACAAAACGAAUCCCAUGGUCAAUUUUGCGUUUGGUUUGCUUUGCAAAUAAAGUAUUGAUAUAAAUGAAAACCAACGUGCCUAUUAUCGAAUCAAAAGUGUAUUGCUCAAAAAAAUGUGCGGUGUCGAAAGUGAUUUGAACAGUGAACAGCAAUGUUAAUGUUUUCGAGAUGUUAUUAAUGCUGAGAGACCAGUUGUAAGGUUAACAUAACUAUCAAUCACUUGCUGUGAAGGUGCCAUGAAAUGAUAAUGAAAUGUAGAAAGUAAACAGAGGCACCCAAAGUGAAAUUAAAGCAAUAUAUUUUCAUUUUCCCGUGUACUCAUUUCAUUUUGAUAUUGAUAAAUAAAAAGGCGCCGCCGCCGCGUCGUUCUCGUCGUCGCCGCCACACCAUCGUCGAGGUUGCCCAGAGAUAUGGCCUCCCUACAUUCCAGUUGGCGUUUUGGUAAAAAGAGACCCAAAUUUCAAUUACGCAUUAAAGUUUCCCAAGAUCCAGAGGACUUUUAUCGGUUGGAUUCAAAGAAAUCAGCGGCUGAAAAUGCGUACGAUAUCUACAAUAUGCUCUGCAUGGAGGAGACGCGUGACACAAAGCGUCUCUUUCUGCUCAAUGCAUUGGCCUCACUAUGUCUGGCGGCCUCAAGCGGAUCGCCGAACAACAACCUGCGAUUCACAACUGAGGAGCUUCUCUUUUGCCUGAGUGCAUCAUUGGUGCACACGUUCACACAGGUGAGAGCUGCUGCUCUACGCACCAUUCGUUAUACGCUGCGAACAUCGAAAGACAUCAAGACAUUCAAUUCGCUGCAACUACAGCAUCUGUUAUGUCGCUCCAUCGAUCUGAUGCUCAAGAAUGACGAUGAGCGCGUCCAGGCAUUGAAACUUGUCCGCAAGAUGCUGUCCAUAGCACCCGAAGAUAUCAGUCCUGUGGUAGUUCGAUGUUUAGUUUCUCUAGCAGACAGCGGCAUUGAGGAGAGUGACAAUCUGUUGCGUGCCUGUCUCGCAACACUUGCGGAGUUUGCUGUCCUCAAUCCGGCGCUGCUCAUUGUCUGCGGUGGCGUCACUUCGAUUACACGAAAUGUUCUUGAAUGCCACAAUCCUAGGAUUGCCGAAAGCCUUUGUGGUGUGCUGCUUUAUCUGCUCGAAUGGCCACAAACGCGCAAUAUUUGCGGUGUUCGGCUCGAUUGUCUAGCGGCACCAUAUUGUGACUUUACCUACAGACUUGGCAUCAUGGAUAAAAACAAGGAUGCUCGGGAACUACGUUAUACCAGUUGUCGUCUGGCUCUUUUAUCCGUGCUCCGCAGCUGGACAGGCACCCUCGAAUUCUGUGAUCCAAGCAAACCUUCCGGUUUGAAAGCAAUUGUCGAUGUUUUAUAUUUAAAUCAAAUUGAAGUUAGAAAAGCAAUAUUGGACUUGCUGUAUGAGUUGCUUGCUGUGCCGCAACCCAGUUGGACUGAUGACUAUGUGGUUGCAUUGCAAACGGUGGAUCCGUCCGAUUUUCAGGACACAUGGUUGCUGAGCAACGGCUUCGUAAUGGCUGAGGGACGUUCGAUACUGCCGAGUCUAGCAGCACGCGCGCCCAAUGUGGUUGAACAGCAUUUGGCAUUGCUGUUGUAUUGUUUCCUAGAGACUGGACUGCUCAAUGCACUGGUCGAAGUCGCUGUCAACAGCGAUCAGUUCGUCUCGGUGCGCACAACGAUAUUGAUUGGCAAAAUCGUACAGUUGAUGCACACACAUCUGCCGGCGGACAUCUGCAGCACUAGUCCAGCGUUGCCCACGCUUGUCGGCCAUGCCACGCAAGGCAAUCAGCAGGCAAAUGCGGCAGUGGCUGCCUUGCAAAAUUACCAAAAUAUGCUGCGCCAACGGCCGGCAUCAUGUAGUUUAUUUCUCGAUGGUAUUAUACAGGGCGGUGCGCUCAUUCAGACGCGUCUCUUUCGACGCAACAUCAAUGCACAGGAUCAAACCAGUGCGCUCCAGCUGCAGGAUACAGCUGGUGCAGCAGCCGCUGCUGUGGCUGUUGCCUCCUCAUCAUCAUCAUCGCUUGUUCGACCGUAUAGAGGCACAGCAACGCUGGAUCGUCCGCGUUUGGAUUCCGUCUCGUCCAGUGAUGAAUCCAAUUCACAAACAUCAAGUUCGUUGCGCUCCAGUUUUCGCUUGAAGCGUAAAUUUUUGCCCGUCUUCAAUCUGGAUAGCUUUCGUGCGUUCAAUCGAUUGCUGACUGGCUCCCAUGUGUUGACGCAAUCGGAUGCCAAUGCAUGGGAUUGGGAAGUGGUCAGCUCUAUACUUAGGUCCAAUUUCAUACGAAAGCUGGACUUUUCGCCAGGCAAAUUCCUGAACAAGUUCCUAAAACGACUGGUGGAUUUCUUUAAGCCAAGCAAUAAUCGUUUCUCGCAUCAGGAUCUAGUUCCUGGCCAACCACUGCCUGCGUACGUUAACGCUGGACUGGACCUCAUUGACGUGUUGCUCAGCAGCAAUGAGCUCGAAUGCAUGCGCUACAUAACAGACUACUUUUCGGACAUAAGUCAACAUCUGCUGGCGGUGACAACAUCGAAUCGAGCGCACGAUUGUCUCUUCAGUCCACAGCAUAUGAACAACACAAUGUGUCAACAGUAUUUUCUAUAUAUCGGACGGAUGUGUCGCAGCAACAAGGGAAUUGAAGUGCUCAAAAACACCACAGUCUUCGAAUAUCUUAUUACGCUAGUAAAGCACACAGAUCAUGUGUGUUAUGUGAAGUUGAUUGUCUCUGGCCUCAACUACAGUUACGAAAAGAUGCCACGCCAAGUGCUCGAGAAAGCGCUGACCUUGUCGAAAACACGCGGUGGUCGUCUAUACGCUACCCAGUUUCUGACCGUGUUGUUGCGCGCCCGAUUGCCAAACUUCGAGGUAUGGGGACUGCCAUUGAUAAUACAGCAAACCAAGGAUCCCGAUCGCAGUGUUGUCCUCGCCGCCAUGGAUGUGCUCGAGGAGGCAUGCCACGACAAAUACUAUCUGGAGGAGAUUGUCAGCCUUUGGCCCAAUUUGCAGCAACUGGGCUAUGUGGGUCGGCUGCUGAUGUCGCGAUUCUACUCCGUAUCGCGUGGCCUCAAUAGCAGCAAGGCGCACAUAGAAGAGGAGAUCAAGUACUGGCGCAAUGGUUAUAACAAGCGUUAUGUGCUGCUCGUCGAGGCCGAUACGCAUGCCAGUCUAACGCUUCACGUACGCAACGAGGAUGGUUAUUACUCGAGGCGCAAUUGCAACCAAAGAACCCAAACAGUUCCGCCCAACAUAGCGCCGCAUCUUUAUGGUCAAAUGGUGCAGACUACGCAGGGCAUGACGGCACUCAGCAAGUAUGCCGAUUUGCCGCAACUUGUCGACGUAAUCACGCGUGGCAAAUGCUCCGAUGAUGCUGAAUGUCUGGAGCUAAAAGCGGCGAUUUGGGCCAUCUGUCAUGCUUCCACGCACUCCAACGGUAUUACGUUCUUUGUCGAGCUGUGCGCAAGACUCUACGAGAAGCUAGUUCGACUGGUGACACUCUGUGAUGUGUAUUCGGUGCGUGCCACUUGUUUUAGUGGACUGGGAUUAAUAGCUGGCACACAAGCCGGUGCUAACCUACUCUUCAAGCUAAAUUGGCUGAGCGUGCGACACGAUCGAAAUACAAUGUGGCCAGUGCAUCAGCCAGAGGAUUGGAUGUCCAGUCAAUUUACGCCAGCUCGUCAUCACUACGAAGAGGUGCCGCCGUACAACUACAUGAGCAUCGAUGACCAAAUCAAUGUUUCCUAUUACACCGGCAGCUGCUGGAAUCUGGACUAUGGUGUCGGGGCCAACACUCAGCAAACGCAGGAUGUAAACAACACGACUACCACAACCACAACAACGACUACGACAGACAGUGUGCGAACAGCUGGCGAAGAGCAAAUGCCAUUUGUUCGACCGCCAACAACUGGCAUUGGCGUGGCAGCCAAAUCGAAAACGCUGCCAGAGGGCACAACUGGUCGCCAAGGGAAACAUCAACGUUCGCUAUCGGAAUCGAAGACAACGGAUGUCAUCAGUCUGCUGGGUGGUGGUGGUGGAGGCGGGACAAGUGCACCAGGCGUUGCAUUCUAUCCGAUGCACUAUCAACAUCGAAUACGCUACAAUUCGUGCACAGACUCCAACACAUCGGGCGUUAGUAGCUGUGAAUCGGUGACUGGACGCACAGCAGCCGCAGCCGCUGCUGCUGCCAAUAUGAGUGACUUUCAGCAGUUCGCGCUGAGUCCCAUACCCAGCAUGUCCAAUCUAUUAGAGCCACCGAUUCUGCAGGCAGCGAAACUCUUGCGUCGCACCUCCUUGUUGGGCACCAGCUUUUUACCGCCCGCCCUUAGUCCGUUGGCCAUGAAGGGCUACGCGCAGUUGCGCUGGUUGCGUGCUCACAGUCGACCGGUGUUUUCCGAAUCGGCUGCAGAGCUGUACGACUUCAUCGACAUUGUCGAUCGUGGCGAGCCUCAGCCACGUAAAUACUCAUGGGGAGAGUCGAAUCGACGCAUCAAGGUGCGCAGCUUGGAUCGUCAGACGAUGCUCAAUGUGUUCUCGCGUCUUUCGUCGGAGGAGUUGCAGGUGCCAAUACCAUCGCUCAAUGCACCCAAAUUUCUGCCAACAAACGAUCUGCAGGGUCCGUGCUAUGCCGGCAUCUGUUUGCCCAAAAAUGUGCUCGACUUGUUCCCCACACGCAACUUGAGUCGUACUUACGUAUCAUGUGAUAUCAUCGAUCAGGAUCUGACCAGUCUCAAUCUGAUGAAUGUGCGUGCACAGUUCUCAACGUUUCUGAACGAUUCAAUCAACAAUGAAGCGGGUGACGAGUCCUCCGUAAUUUCCUCCCUAUCCGACGUCUCAACAUCCACGAGUCGCAAGCUGACCAAACAAGGCGCUGCUGCUUCCAAGCAUGCGCGCAGUCACUGUCUGCAUUGUACGCGUUCGCGUCGCCAGCAGCUGCUGCAGACACAAACGCACUCACAGGACGUGAACAGCGGAGGAGAUGCUGUGCCGAUGGCGCCCUGUGAACUUUAUAGCAGCGCUGCAGCGGCCCUGGUGGCUGCUGGCAUGCAAGCGGGUCCAGCGCUGUCGCGUAAAACUGCGUCGACGGGCAAACAGCAUCUGGCGGACAUGAGCUUCCAUUCGCCGGAGAGCAUUCUAAGCGAGGAUAGUCUGCCGGAUAAGCUAACUGCUUCCAUAUUAUACAAUGUACAGCGGCUGGCGAAUCCAGUCAGCGCGAAACAAUCGAAGAUGGCACUGCUCGAGUUGAAACAAAAGCAUCCGCAUGCCUUUCAGGAUAUUUGCCUCUAUUCGGAGGCUUGCAAGACGCUGGGACGCAGCAGCUACCGAAUGAGUGCACGUCGCUUUUUGCAAGAGCUAUUUCUGGACCUCAACUUUGAUACGUUUUACGUUGAGCCGCAGCUGAUAAUACGUUCGCGCAAGCAGCCAGCGGAUGAUCAGACAGAAUCUAUUGCGGCAUCAUUACUAAAGAUGCCAACAUCGCCAUUAGUAGCAUCAACACCAGCCACAGCAGCGUCAGCGUCAACGACGUUAACUUCAGCAUCGUUAACAGCAACAAAUGCGCCAUCGAGUGGAACAGCAGCAGCAUUGUUAUCGCAUAAGGCACAACAGAAGCCGAAGCCGACAGCGCAGUUGGCCAGCGUUUAUGAGACGAGCUGGGAGAAUCUCUUGAUGGAGCAAUCGCCUAGCCUUGGUAGCCCUAAAACACGUGGCGAACUUUACACGGCAGGCACACGCAAUGAGCUCCACAUUGAUGAUACGACCGAUGAUGCAACUUAUAGUGAUGACAAUGCUAAAGAAGAGAAUGUCAUCGGGACAUUCGUCCCCAAAAGCAGCAAUCGUAACAGCACUGCAUCCAACAGUCCGCCAACGCAACAGUCAACGCCAGCGACAAUACAACUAAACACUUCAGAACCAACAGCGAGCAAUGCGACAGCUGAAUGUCCCAAUCCAAAUACCAAUUCCAAACCCGAGAACGACAAUCUUCAAUAUAGGCGUGGACGUUUCUAUACGCUGGAGCUAGAUUUGAGUUGUACCAAGAAUAAGUUUCCUAUAACCGAUCGCAAUCGCACCGCUACGUUGCCACUCAAAAAGGAUCAAGACCUUGCAAGUGUAACUGUUGGAAACAGUGGCAAUGACACUGCCGAUUUAUAUAUGAAUGUCACCAAGAGCUUGGCAGCAUCGAUGGCAAAGCCUGUCGGCAGUCUUUUCUGUGAAAAGCGUCUGCAAACAUCGAAAUCGGAGGCAGUGCUUGGCGAUGGCAGGGGCAACGGCAACGGCAUUAAUAAUGGGAAUGGUAUCAAGUGGACAGCGACAUUAUCGAAGCAAUCGUAAAAAGAACUCUGCAAAAUAAUUCCAUUCGCAAACGUCGUGUGCCAAAUGUUACAUCACGGCAUUUGAAUGGUUUCACCUUCACCUUAACAAUAAACAAACUUCCAACAAAUUUAAAGGCGAGAUGAUCGAUGAAAUCAAGAAACUAGUUGAUUGAAAUCGAUUGAUAUCGAAUUUUGCCUUUGAAAUAAGCAACUACUUAGUUUAUGAUCAAUACAAACCAAAUACAUUUUAAUUUUAUCAUUUCGUUUCAAAUACAAUCUAAUGUUAAUAUAUAGAAUAGUUUUUAAAUACUAUAUAUUAUAUGUAUGUAUAUUUAUUCAAAUUAAGCAAACGUUCGAAUAAUUCAAAAGGCAAUCAGCUUUUUAGGCGUGUUGCUUUUCCAAAAACAAACAAUUUCGAUUGAAAUCCGAUUUGUCAGGCGAGAAAUGUUUCUGCAAUUUCAGUGUCGAAAGAAAAUCGAUCGAGGCUUAAUAUAUAGCAAUUACUCGCCGUUAUAAAGUGAGUAUACAAGCUAUGCAAAGUACACCAAACUCGUCGUCAGCCCCUUGUGGCACAAACGAAAACUCAGGACAUCGAAUAAGGAAGGACAAAAGCAGCAUUGCUUUCCGUGUGUGUGUGGUGUACAGUGUGAUUGAAGCAACGCAAAGAGGUCGAUAGAACGCAAUCAUACACAUCAUUGAGACAUGAAUAUAUGGGGAUAUAGCAUUCCUAUUACAUAUUUAAUUUUUCCAAUUUUUAAGUUUUUUUUCUGUAGUAUACUUAGAUUAUUCUUACAAAAAAUUAAAUUAAAUUAAAUUAAAAGAAAAAAAAAUCAAAUAUGUUUAAGUAUGUAUAAUUAAAACUAUCAUAUUUAAAAUUAGUUAUUUUCAGUAGUUUAUUAUUACGAAUAGUGUUGAUUUUUUUUUAACGAAAAAUGUAAUUUUAAGGCGACAAACAUAAUCCAAAAAUAUUGUAUAAUUUUAUAUGUAUAAUAAUCAGAAAUCGAAAAAGAAAACAUAAUAACACACACACACACACAUGAUGAAUACCCAAAAGUAACAACAACAACAACAAACCACCGCAAUUUAUUUAUUCAACUGUACUUAAAAUAAGUUUAACGAAUUACAACAACAGGUACAUUUAAACCAAGAUUGUAAGAGCCUUCAAACUGCCUUUCAACAAAAAGAGCAACAAAAAUGUAAUAAAUACAACCUUAACUGAAAUAACCCAAACAAAA